GUGUUGGAGGUUCAGUAUUUGUUUGUCGUUAGAAAUCGUCGGACAACGGAACGAACCGGAACCCCAACAGUUCACCCUCCCAGCGGACAUCCCAUUCAUAAUUUUGUGUAUUCAAAUUAGAAAUUAAGAAAAGUCGUGCCCGAAUAUGUCGGUGAAUCCCAACGAGCACCUGACCAUACCCAAGUGGGUGAACGAGGAUUACUUCCUGCCAAUACUUGAAAAGAAUGUGAAUGGCUUUGACAAGAUCGUCAGCUUCACACCCAUUGCGGCCACGGCUCCCGGAGAAAAUUACACCUCCGUGAUGAUCCGUGUGCUCAUCGAAGUGCUGCUGAAAGAUGGCAGCACGCAGGAAUUGUCUUACAUCUUGAAGACGAUGCUGGAGGCUAGCGAGGGCGCGGAUGCCAUCAAUGCCAUGGGUCUGUUCCCCAAGGAAAAACAAAUGUAUGAAGUGCACAUUCCCCAGUUUGUGCAGCUCUACAAAGAGGCGGGUGUGGACAUUGAGCUGGCGCCAAAAUGUCUGCUCGUCGAUCACACUGCAGAGGCCAUCAGCCUGGUCUUUGAGGAUCUGAGCCGACAGAAGUUUGUGAACUGCGAUCGCCUCAGGGGCUUCGACAUGGAACACAUGCAUUGCGUGCUGAGAAAGUUGGCAGAAUUACAUGCCGCCUCGGUGGUGGUCCAUGACCUUUACGGCCCCUACGACGAGCAGUACAACAAAUCCAUGUACACGGAGGAGACUCGUCCUCUAUUCGAGAAAAUGGGGGAAAUGCGUCAGGCGCAGUACAUCAGCGCCAUGCGCCAGUGGGGCCUCGAGGAUGCUGAGAAAUACAUUCAAAAGUUGUGGACUAGCUCUGAGUUUUUCGACAUGACACUGCAAGUCAAUGUGGUGGAUGAGAGCGAGUUCAAUGUGCUGAACCAUGGCGACUGCUGGUCCAACAAUAUCAUGUUUAACUACAAGGAUAACGGCGAGGUCGACAGGACAAUCUUCGUGGACCUACAGAUCGGCAAGUGGGGCUCUCCCGCUCAGGAUCUUUGGUACUUGAUCUGCACAUCCGCCUCGCUGGACAUCAAAGUUAAGGAAUUUGAUCAUUUUAUUCAGAUCUAUCACGAGCGUCUGGCCGAGUGCCUCAAACUGCUCAAUUACUCCAAGAAAAUUCCCUUGCUGAGGGAUUUGCACAUCAUGAUGCUGAAGUAUGGCUUCUGGGGACCCCUAACCUCCAACACUGUGCUGACGGCCACGCUCAUGCCCUCCGAUAAGGACUUGAAUGUCAGCACCAUGAUGGAUCCCGGUCCAAAGGGUGAUGCCAUGCGCCUUAAAACAUUCAGCAAUAUCUACUAUGUGGAGGCCAUGAGGCUUUUACUUCCUUUCUUCGAAGUGAAAGGACUGUUGGAGGUCUAGCACGAGUAUGUGUCCCUUUUGUUAGUGUUUACCCAAUAUGUUGUGAUACAAUAUAGAGUCAAAAAAAUGUGCAAUAAAUAAGAAAUUAUUUUUAAUUAAA